UAUUAAAAUAUAUGCUGUAGUGCUCAACGUAUAUGUAAUAAAUACGUCUCAGUCACACUACAUAAGCGUAUAUAGUGUUUACAUGUUUUAGUUUCUUCUACGUUUUGUGCGCAAAAUUACAAGAAUGAAUUCGGAUUUUGUUUUAUAAUUGUUAUUAUUAUUAUUUUAUAUUUUACAAAUAACUACUAAUCAAUAUUCAUUGUUCAAAAAUUAUGUAUAAUGUGUAAAUAUGACAUAGCCACACAGGUUGUAGCUAGGUUAUAUCGUGAGUCGAGCAUUUAAGCACGUAUACAGAAAACGAUACUGCCGAACUUAUAUCUCUGAAACUAUAGAGACUUGUGUAUCAUAUUAUGCGAACGUGAUGUAAAUGUGUCUGUAUCACAACAAAUUCAUGUGACAAUGGACGUUGUCCUUGAACAAGGUGCUCUACGAGGACUUCACAAUAAAACACUUUUGUCGAACAAACCUUAUGUCAGUUUUCUCGGCAUUCCCUACGCUAAACCACCCAUUAACGACUUAAGAUUCAAGGCUCCCGUUAAACACCCGGGAUGGUCCGGCGUUUUAGAAGCUAUUUCGGAAGGAGACAGAUGCAUGCAGUACGCUUUCAUGACGGACCACAUCAUCGGAAGCGAAGAUUGUCUGUACCUGAACGUAUUGGUGCCACAGGUCGUAAAAACACAGAACGAACUGAAUGGAAAACUUGCUGUUAUGAUAUUCAUACACGGGGGCGCCUUCAAUUAUGGCUGUGGAUCAGUAAAUGAAUACUCCCCCGAUUAUUUGCUCGACGAAAACGUGAUUGUCGUUACACUGAAUUAUCGUCUGAACGCCCUAGGAUUUUUAAACUUGGAUAUUGACGAGUGUCCUGGUAACAUGGGCUUAAAAGAUCAACUAUUUGCAAUCAAAUGGAUAAAAGAAAAUAUAGCUGCGUUUGGGGGUGACGCUGACAAUAUCACUAUCUUUGGUGAAAGCGCUGGGUCAGCAUCUGUUCAUUGUCACACGAUGUCACCACAAUCAACAGGUUUAUUUCAAAAAGCAAUUAUGCAAAGUGGAUGUGCAUUAAAUCCAUGGGCGUUAAAUGAAAAUCACAGAGUUGCGGCCUUUAAGUUGGCCUAUAAUUUAGGAUGUUUAAGUAAUGAUCCCGAGGAAAUAGUAAAAUACUUAAAAAACGUACCUGCCGUUGAUUUGGUGAAAGAAACUAAAUUCAAGGAUGAAACAGAUUUUCUGGAUUACAAGUUCGUACCAUCUAUCGAAAGUGUCACGGUCAGUAAUCCAUUUUUACCGGCUCAUCCUUUACAAUUAGUUCACGAUACAUCUCCAGUACCCGUAAUUAUUGGACUUAACAAUAUGGAAGGAAUGAUAGCAUUAAUUGAGUACAGAUUAAGUCAAUUUUCUGAUGAUCGCAUAACAGAUGAAAUAUCAAAACUGUGUAAAAAUCGGUACAGCACUGAAGUUAUAACUAAAAUAAAAGAUUUUUAUUUCAAUAAAUGUAAUAUUGAAUCUGAAACAACAAAAAUGGAACACAUAUGUCACCUGCACAGUGACGUAUUAUUUGUCAAAGACUUCUAUCGCGGCUUCGAUCAUUUCCUGAAACAAGACGUCGCAGCGGUUUACAAAUACGAAUUCAAAUUCGACGGCGAACUUAACGCUGUCAAAAACAUGGUUUUUGCUACGAGACCAGCUCUUCGGCACACCUUAAAAGGCGCAUGCCAUGCGGACGACAUUAAUUAUUUGUUCCAUGGUAAACUAUCUGGGGUUGUUCCAAAACCCAACUCUCCGGAACUCGAAAUGUGUAAGAUUAUGGGUAAGAUGUGGUCCAAUUUCGCGAAAUCGGGUGAUCCAAAUUCAUCGGAUUUAAGUUUCAAAUGGAUUAACGCGAGCGCAAGUGACCCAAAAUAUCUAUCAAUAGAUGGUGACAGGACACGGAUGGCUGAAGGGAUCAUAAACAGCAACAGAUUACGUCUUUGGCAAGAGAUAUCGGAAUCCACUGUUUAGGCGAUAACAAAAAUAAUUAUUGUCUUCAAUCGUACUUAUUAAUUAUAAUAUAUACCUACACAUAGUUUUGUAAAGUAUUCAAAUACUUUUUUUAUUCGAAUACUAUUUUAAAUAAUUUUUUAUUUAAUUGAUAUUAAACAGGUUUUUGUUAAAUUCACGCUGAAUUAGCCUUGGUUGGAUCUUCUCUUAAGUUACUCAAGCCGUCAUAUAAGAAUUAAAAAAAAACAUCCACUACUAUAUUAUACAUUUGCUAUGAAUGUCAAAAAAAAAAUGUUUACACAGUCAACAACAUUAUGAUACAAGGUUUUUCAUGAGUUGUUAAUUAAUUACCACUAUUAAAAAUAUCAAAAACUAACUGUAAAAGUUAAAGUUUUGACAAUAUUUGUCAAAAUCUCAAGUUUGUAAAUUUUUUUGUAGUUAAAUAUUCAUAACAAUUGUAAUAUUUAUACUUGAGAUUUGAUAACUAAAUACAAUGUUCCCUAUAAGUUGUUAUUGUUACAAGAUUUUAAUAAAUAAAAAAUUAAACGUAAUUCUACAA